UCUCCCGCUGCUCCCCCCGCCGGCUAACUCCGCCCCGGCCGCAGCGGCUGUUCCCAGCUCGGUGUGCCGCCUUCCCUCCCGUCCCGUCGUCUCUCCGGCGGGGGUAGCCCCAGAACAAGGAACAAAAGUAUCAUCCUAGGGCUUGUUAUUUAUUCUUUAAGUCUGGGCAGAGCUACACUCCCCGACUCUGCUGUGAAGAGCUGAUUAAGAAUGGAUGCAACAUAAAGCAGAAGUCCUGAAGCCUUAGUCACCAAUCUGAUGGAUUUAUUGUUCACUCUUUACUUCCAAACACUUGAAUUGUUUCUGUACUGCUGACAAAGGAAAGAUGACCUCUACUGUAGGUCCACCGCCAUACUAUGAAAAUUCUGGCUUUCAGCCAGAAAAUGUCUAUUCUGCCAGGCAGCCUGUAGGUGCUAACCCAUACGCACAGUACUACUCAACAAGUGCUCCCUCAGUGCCAAGCUAUGUCCCAAGGGUGGAUACCCGUCAGUCCACUAGGCCAGUAGCACCUUCACCCGUGAGAACACGUGCAUCAAAUGUAAAGAAAAUCUUAAUCAUUAUAAUAUCCAUUUUAAUAGUAAUUUGUUGUGCAAUUGCUGCUUUCUUCAUCUGGUAUUUUGUACAGAGUGGUUGUCUCAACUCCUUAAUAGAGUGUGGAUCUUCAGGAGUAUGUGUGACAGCCUCGCAGUGGUGUGAUGGAGUGAAUGACUGCCCCAAUGGGGAAGAUGAAACCCGGUGUGUUAGACUUUUUGGACCAAACUUUACCCUGGAAGUUUAUUCACCUGUCAGUAAAUCCUGGUAUCCUGUUUGUCAAGAUGACUGGAAUGAUGAUUAUGGGAAGAUUGCCUGUAAAGACAUGGGCUACAGUGUAGAUACGUAUUAUUAUAGUCGAGGAAUAGUAACUGAAGUCAGCUCUAAAAUCUACAUGAAGAUAAACACAAGUGCUGGGAAUGCAGACUUGUACAAAAAGCUAUAUGCCAGUGAUUCCUGUACAUCAGGAAAUGUGGUUUCUCUGCGCUGCAUAGAGUGUGGCUUGUCCACAAAGAGCGUGAGCGCGAUGAACAGGAUUGUGGGGGGCAGCGUGGCAACACUGGGGCAGUGGCCAUGGCAGGUCAGCCUCCACGUGCAGGGCACCCACGUUUGCGGGGGCUCCAUCAUCACCCCGCAGUGGAUCGUCACAGCCGCGCACUGUGUGGAAGGACAACUUUCUGAGGCAUACAGAUGGAGUGUUUAUGCUGGGAUUCUGAAUCAAAAUAAGAUGGUCCUAGGAAAAGGAUACCAAGUGCAACUGGUGAUUUCCCAUCCAGAUUAUGAUACAGAUUCUAAAGACAAUGAUGUUGCCCUUAUGAAAUUGGAGACACCGCUGAGUUUUAAUGAUUCUGUACGACCAGUUUGUCUACCUAAUCCAGGAAUGAUGUUCCAGCCUAAUGAAGAGUGUUGGAUAUCUGGGUGGGGAGCAGAGUACCAAGGAGGUAAAACAUCAAAUAACUUGAAUUAUGCCAUGGUGCCCUUAAUAGAAUAUUCAACAUGUAAUUCUGUCUCUAUCUAUAAUGGCAUGGUUUUGCCUACAAUGAUCUGUGCUGGAAAGUUAGUAGGAGGGGUUGAUUCCUGUCAGGGUGACAGUGGAGGUCCACUAGUAACCAAGAAAAACUCCGUGUGGUGGCUGGUUGGAGAUACCAGCUGGGGAACUGGCUGUGCUAGUCCCAAUAGACCUGGAGUAUAUGGUAAUAUGACUGUGUUUACAGAUUGGAUUUAUAAAAAUAUGCAGGCAAAUAGAUGAUGACCCUAUUUGUGCUUCUUGCUGAUCGAUGUUUCUGAAAACAAGAAAAGAUGAAGCCAUGAGUUUCUGGGAUAUUUAUUCACUUUGCAGAUGAUUUUUUUUUCUCCUCUUUGAAUUUUCUUUUUAAAAAUAACAUGAAGGAUUGCACACUCGGUUCUGUGCUGGCUACAGUGACUGAUCUUAAUCAGUGAAGGAUUAUCACAAUGAGCACCUUUCUUCUUGUUGUGCCUGGCAGAAAGUCAUUGUCAACUGCUUGCUGAAAUGUCUGCCUUUAGUUGAGUAACUUCCACUUGAUAAUCAGAUAUAGGCUUAUAAUGGCAUUUUUAAUCAUAAUUUAAUUUAAGGUCUUCUUUGUGGGAUGCUGAGUCAGUUGGUUUAGUCGUGUUUUAAAUUAAAUGUUAAGUGAUGUGAAUGUUGAAUCUCUGAGCUGCUGGUUGGCAAUUUAAAAAGAAAUUAGUGGUUUUUUUGGUAUAUAUGAAGGGAUUUUUUUUCAUGCACUAUGGUAGAGACACAAACAAAAAAUACUGUAUAUUCAGGUAGUUAAAAAUCCUCAGGAUCUCAACACAGCAAGUCAUCCAAGUCAGAUUGUUCCAAGUGACACCGAUCUGACUGUCUCAGCAGUGAAUUAAAAAGUGCUGUUCUGCCUUAAGCUACUCAGAACCCAAAAAGGGCAAAACCUGCCGUCACUCUUGAUGUAGGCAAUGGAGAAGGAUGCUUUGGAGCUGUAGCAGGAAGUAUGGAGACGUCCCUGGCUGCACAUACGUCACAUUGAGGCUUAAACUCUCUCUGCUGGGAAAGGCAAAGGGCAAAGCUUUUCAGUAAGGCUGUGUUGUGACCGAUAGGCCUCAUUGCAGACAUGCAGAUGUACAGAGGCUUGGUGUUUUAUACAAAGAAACAUAAAUCUGCGUUUCCGUGUAACCAGGCGAACUACCUCAUUUGUUAAAUCUGGCUUUUAAUUCCUUAGAACUCUCCUUUAUGUAUUUGCAUAUAUGUUUUAGAAAAAGUGUAAUUAAUAUCAGAGUACCACCUCAACUAGGAUUUUGAAAAUAAUUUGUAAUCAUAGUAUGGAGGAUCAAAAAGCCAUACCAAGUCAUUGUUGUUGAGAAGGACAAAUCUUUUGAAUGAAAUGACUCUACUGGUCUUGUUUUCUCUUUUGGUACUGAAAUGCAAUUAUCUUGCAUGUAAACACUGCACCAAAUAAAUUUCCUUUUUUUUUUUUUACAAA